CAAUGCAGUGCGAUGCUGAGCGCAGUGAGGGAAGACGCGCGGACCUCCUUGGCCAUGCCCGCACCGCGGUGGGCUGCGCUGCGUCGGGACCACCGCUGAUCCUCGGAUACCCACCGGCUCUCCUCGGCUUCUUUUAAACUAAAACCACCCAGCAGACAAAAGGGAUGCGGCUGCUCACCGUCACCACGCUGCUCUCUCUCCUCCUAGAACCAGGGCUGGCUCUGCAGAUCCAGUGCUACCAGUGCGAGGAGAUGACCCGCAACGAGUGCUCCACGCCAGAGUUUGUGGUCAACUGCACGGUCAACGUGCAGGACAUGUGUCAGAAGGAGGUGCUGGUGAUGGAGGACGGGGUCCACUACCGCAAGUCCUGCGCCUCGUCGGGGGCGUGUCUCAUCUCCUCCUCCGGCUACCAGCAGUUCUGCACCGGAAAGAUCAACUCGGUGUGCAUCAGCUGCUGCAACACGGCGCUGUGCAACGGCCCCCGGCCCAGGAAGAGGGCCCCGCCCUCAGCUGCGGCCGCCCUGGACCACAGCGGGCCCCUGGUCCUCUCCGUCCUCCUCCUCCUCCUGGGACACGCGGCUCUGUGCUGACAGACCUCCUCCUCCUCCUCCUCCUGGACACUCUGUUCUGACAGACAGACCUCCUCCUCCUCCUCCUCCUCCUCCUCCUCCUCCUCCUCCUCCUUUAUGUUAAUAACCUCGGGGAAGGUUUCGAUGAAGGCAUGAAUGUUAUUUCGUUGCUAUAUUAAAUCAAAAAGGUUGUUCCAAAGGGGUUACAGGCGAGCAGUGUGUGGUGGGGGCUCCCUGCCGUCUCUCCGCCAGGUCCAGUGACAGAGAGGUUCAGAGGCUCUAGGACGGAGCCAGGGGGCUCUCCGGUAUUGAGGUGAGGGGACAGGCUGGUGGAGGGGCGUGAAAUGGGGCACACUUGGGGGGACACCUGAGCCUUGUGUUCGACUGGACCCCCCCUGAGUGGACCUCAGGCUCCUGCUGCUGGAGGGAGACUGAUGGAAACAAUCACUAUGAACCUGAUCCCGUGGAAGACAUGCCACCUCUGGCUUUGUUUCCAUUUGCAGAUUUGACAUGAGACAGAGUUGUGAAGCUGGCUCGAUCCCCCUGGUAGCUAGCCAUCAACACAUCCUUCAUCUUUUGGACAACAGAUCACCCUAACAGGAGACAAGCUGCAGAAUGUUCUACCCUUUAUGGAACUCCCAAGAGGUGGAUUAUGUCAGCCAGCAUGAAGUUAGAUGACUCCUUGGAUUGAGAUAUUUCUCUUUAUUUCUAAUUGAGUGUAUAACUAUAUCUAUAUAUCGGUCUAUCUAUCUAUAGAUAGACCUAUCUAUUUCUAUAGAUGUAUAUAAAUAUUUCUAUAGAUAUAGAAAUAGAUAGAUAUAAAAUGAUUAAUUUAUUUAAUAUAUAUAUUAUAUGAUAUAUCAUUUCUAAUUUAUAUAUAAAUAUACAUUAGUGUUAGAAUAUUUUGUUACCUAGUAACUUUCUGGUUGUUGGGGUCUAGUGUUUGUUGCGUCAACCUGCUGAUAGUGUUACCCCUUGCUUAACACUUGAGUAUUGUGUUUCCUUUGUGUAAAGGGUCUGUAUAAAAACACUCCUAGCGUACAAGAGAAACACCCCGCCCCGCCCCCCCCUCAUAUCUCCGUCUCCGUGGGAACCGUGUCCUUGGCUGCGGAUGCGUGUGCUGAGCCGCUGUUGGUCUUGAAGAUGAGGAACCGCAGAGGGCCGUCCCUGGUCUUCCCGGGGGCGCCGGUGGAGCGCUCCUUCCGGCCGCCGCGUGGUAGCGACAACAGCGGUCUGCGGGAAUGUGUGGACGCCUCGGCGGCGGGCGUGGCGGUCCGCACGGUGCGCACGGUGCGCUUGUUGACGUGUUCGAUGCGGAGGCGGCAGCGCAGAACCUGGACGAAGACCUCACGGAACUGCCGAGAGGACAAGUUGUAGAGCAGGGGGUUCAGCACGGAGCUUAGGUAGAAGAAGGUGUCGGCCACGGGCUGAAGGGUGACGUAGCUCUGGAAGUACGCCCGCGUCCAGGACGCCUUGGGCAACGCCGCCCCCAUCAGCCGACGCACCUGGUUGGGCAUCCAGCACACCGUCAGAGCCCCCACGAUCAGACCU